AUGCAAUUCAGCCGUCAAACCCUCCUCCUCGCCCUCGUCGGCGCCCUCUCCGCCGUCCACGCGUCCCCGGCGACGUUCCCCGACGCCCUCGCGGCCCGCGACGAGCCCAAGGCCGACUGCUGCUCGUGCGACCUCCAGAACCCGGGGCCCAACUACAUCUGCACCGUGCCCAAGGGCACCUGCAACGUCCCGGCCAUCGCGUGCCCGCACGACCCGGCGACGCAGGAGCAGUGCUGCUGCUGCGACAUUGGCGUGCCGGCUAUACGGUGCCAGGCGAUUCCCAAGGGGAGCGGGUGCUUCUGCACCGCGGUCAAGUGCCCUUUCCAGUUCGAGUAUUCGUACUUGCCACUUUCCGGAUGA